UCGAAUUCACCACUCCUCUCUUUCGUCCAUAGCUCUUCAUGCUCUCGAUCCGCUCUUGGACUGGUCUUUAAUAUUUCCCACUUCUCCUUGAUGGUCUUCUGCUUCAUCAAUUUCCAUCGUCCUGUUCCAUCGAUUGUUUUCCAGCCCGCUCCUUCCCAUCUUUGCUGACGUACACACCAACACUGCCCCGCUGGAGUCUCCAGGCUCCCCAGAGUGUCUCCAAACAAACCUCUCCAGAUACGCUCUCCACCUUAAGCGUCGUUUCUACCGAAAUUGGACCUGUUCAAUCAUCCGUAUUACGUUACUUCCUUCUUGGAGCGUUCCUGUUUGAUCCGCCGUCGUAAUGACGUCCCCGCCGUUCAAGGUCAAGGCGGUGUACGAAUACACUUCACCCCACGAUGACGAUCUGAAUUUCAAAGACGGUCAGAUCAUCACCGUCACCGAAGAGGAGGAUGCCGACUGGUAUGUUGGCGAAUACGCCGAUGCUUCCGGAGAGCAGAAAUCCGGCCUGUUUCCCAGAAACUUCGUCGAGAAAUAUGAACCCGCGCCACCUCCACGACCCAACCGAGCAUCCAGACCCAAACCGACGGAACCGGUUCCUGAGAAGGCACCAGCACCCGAAGAGCCAUCAGAGCCGCCGAUCGUUCUGGCUACAAAACCGGAACCCGUCAAAGAAGAGCCGGUAGCAGCACCCCAAGAAAUACCAGCCCCCGUUCCUCUCGCAUCUCCUCAACGCGAGGAGCCUGAAAUCAAAUAUGAACCCGCUCCUGCACCAAAGCCGGUUCCUGCUGCCCCUACUCAGUCCGAGGCUCCAGCUCCACCUGUCGAAAAGAAACCUCCACCGGUAGCAGCCAAAUCGAACGCCUUCAAAGACCGCAUCGCAGCUUUCAACAAAACUGCCGCUCCACCAAUUGCCCCGUUCAAACCCGGCGGAUCUUCCAGCACCACCUUUAUCAAGAAGCCGUUUGUUGCUCCUCCACCAAGCCGAGACGCAUAUGUCCCGCCACCCCGUGACGCCCCAACACAAAAGUUGUACAAGAGAGACGAAGAUCCUGAAAUUGCGGAGCGACGGGCACAAGACCAAGAAAUCGCGGAAAAGGCUGGCUUGGUUGGGGAUGCUGCAAACGAGGGCGGCGAAGAUGCUCCCAAGCCUCAGAGCCUGAAAGAGAGGAUUGCGUUGCUCCAGAAGCAACAAAUGGAGCAGGCCGCCAAGAGAAGCGAAAGCACUCAGAAAGAGAAGCCUAAGCGGCCUCCCAAGAAGCGCGUUGAAUCACACGACAAGGAUACACCGCAAGCCACCAGCGUGGAGCCGGAACCAACCGCCUCGGCCGAUGCUCCCAUGUCAUCCGACGAACCUCAUGAGCAUGCCCAUCAACCCGCCCUCACUCGGAUGACAUCAAAGACUUCAAAGCCGAGCGAACCGCGCGAUCGGGAACCAGUUAGUGACGGAAAUGACGCGGAUCAGUCCGGCCUUGGUGACACUACAGAAGACGCGGGAGAAACCUCGACUGGCCUUGAUGACGAAGAAGUGGAACCCAAAGCUCCAGGAAAGGUGCCGCAGCCUGCCGCAACCGCCCAGCAAGCAGAUGUAGGAGAUGAAGAGGAUACAACGGAAGACGAUAUGGAUGAGGAAGCUCAACGACAACUCGCGCUUCGUGAACGCAUGGCGAAGUUGAGCGGCGGCAUGGGCAUGGCUGGCAUGUUUGGUAUGCCGGCCCCUGCCGGAGCACCCAAGAAGAAGAAACCGUCAGAAAAGAUACUAGAGGAGGAGGCUGAGCCCGCACCCGCACCCUCGUCGGCACCUAGGGUUCCGAUGAUCCCCAUUCCAGGAAUGGGUGCUCCCCGAGCUCCAGAGGAGCCGUCUGAAUCGAGUCCCGCGCAUGACGAGGACGACGACGACGACGCAGAAACAAUCGCUCAGGAAGAGCCGCCAUCGCGUCCCUCCCUCGCCCAAGAUCGCGGUGCACCACCACCAGUCCCAACUCAAGAACGGCCGGCGCCACCACCGGUGCCGAGCGAUCGCCCGAAGGCAGAGGCUACGCCCAUAGAGCCACCGCGAUCGUUGAUCCAAUCCCCUAGUGCAGGCUCCGAGUCCGAUGACGAGAUGCCUCAAAGCUCGGGAGAUAAUAGUCUCCCUCUCCGUGGAGCACCCCCACCCAUCCCGACGGCGAGCAUACCUCCUAUGCCGUCAAGGCCGCAGGGGCAGUCGACUCCAAAACGUACUUCCGUGCACAGUCCCCUUGCGAUGUCUCCGACUUCACCGGGAGGGUCAGGACGAGUGCCAGUGUUCCCAAUGGGCGGCAUGCCUAGUGCAACGGCAUCUAGGCCACCACCACCUCCGCCUCCGGGAGCUCCUCCGAGCAGGCAAGGCACAUCCGAGAGCCUGUCACGAUCGAUCGCCGGUGGAGAUGGCGUGGAAGGGGAGAGUGAAUACGAAGGCGACUAUGACACUGACAUUGCUUCUGGCGCUAAGCAUAAGGAUGCUCUCAAAGCACAUAUCCGAGAGCCAAGCAUCGAUGGCAGCACCGUAGCCGAUGAUAAUUCCACGCGUGGGGCUCCUCCUCUUCCGCCUAUUCAUCGAGCUGUCCCCCCGCCGCCGCCUCAACAAGCACCCCCAAGGCGCUCCGUUGACGGGCCCAGGGCCCCGCCGCCCCCAGUUCCGCCGCCACGGGAUACACUUGCCGAAGAGGAGGAGUAUGACCCGUACAAGUACACGUCACCGACAUCCCGACCGGUUCCUUCUCGGGCCGCCCCUCCUCCCGCGCCUGUCGGUCCGCCUCCUCCACCAGCUCCGCAAGCAACUCCGCGUGAAGAGGACGACGAGGAUGACCUGUAUGGAGCACCCCCGCCUCGCAAGUCCGUAGACCGCCCUCCACCUCCACCUCCUCAAUCACCUCCCGUCCACCAGCACCCGAUACCACAUCUGCCACAGGGCCACGCUCCGCCUCCCCCGGCAGCGGUGCCAGCCGCGCCCGGAAGGAGCUCGAGUCGAGCCGCACCACGUCCAUCACAAGAUAUCGAGCAGCCUCCUUCCCAUUCCCGCAAGUCCACUGACGUGUCGCGUCAAUCCCACGACCAGAGCUACAUGGCCCGCGACGUCGAUCUGGACCGCGCCACGCUGUGGUACUCCCACCCGAACGGCCUCCCCCCCAGCCUGCAAACCCGCCGCGACGUCCUAAUUGAACACGGCGAGCGCUCCACUGCCCAGCGAGGCGACAAGACCAUCGCCUCCCGCGACAUCUUCGUCCUCUACCCCGACUACAGCCAGACCACCAUCUCCACCCGCUACAAUGUCGCCCACGCCCCCGACUGCCGCCUCGACCAACGCCACGACCCGCCCCCGCCCCCACCCCGCCAAGACGCCCUCGAAGCCGCCCACGCCACCUUCGGCGCCAAGAUCGCCGACGACGUCGCCCACAAAGCCAACGCCCUCAUCGGCGACGGGACCCCCCUCGCACUCAUCUACGAGCUCUUCCGACCCCAUGCCACAGCGCUCCCGCCGAUCGGCGCGCGCUCGUUCGGCGUACCCAUCUACACGAACCUCGCGAACUCGUCGGUCGCGCAGUCGGACGAGAUCCGGCCGGGCGACAUCAUCACGUUCCGCAACGCGAAAUUCCAAGGAAAGCAUGGGGCGAUGCACGCGAAGUACACGGCGGAGGUGGGGAUGGGAGGGUUGCAUGCGGCGGUGGUGAUAGAGUGGGAUGGGACGAAGAAGAAGGUGCGCGGGUACGAGCAGGUGGCGGAGGGGAAGAAGGGGAAGGUUCGAGCGGAGAGUUGGCGGGUGGGGGAUUUGCGGAGUGGGGAGGUGAAGGUGUGGAGGGUGGUGGGGAGGGAUUGGGUGGGGUGGGAGUAG